CAUAGGCGAUGUGCCUGCACUUCGAUGGCAUAGACCGCAGCUGCUUUGCGUUUACCAGUGUUGUUACCACAGCGCAGUAGGCCGGUGAACACUUUGUUACGCUGAGCUGUUGAGGGGAUAAUUCGUGCUUACAGUGAUCGAGGCACGCAACGACGCCAAGUCUCAGCUCUUCUUGCUUUGAUCAUAGGGUCUGCUGAAGAUUAAAAGUCACAUUGAAAAGCUUCGAAUAAAAAUCGUUCGGACCCUACGUGGACCUGAACCAAGACAGGAAGGACACGUAUCAUCAUGCAAGCCUUCCUGAUUUUCUUUGCAGCCUUGCAGAUGCUGGUUACUGCACAAGCGGCCCAGUAUUUCAUAGUAGCGCCCAACCUGGUCCGUGUGGAUGUACAGGAAACUAUUCUAGUCAGUGUCCUUGGGACCGGGGAAAACCAGAUACCAGUGACACUGUACUUCCAACUGACUGGAAGCAAUGAUCGAAUCUCGGAGACGACUGUUUUUGUGAGACAAGAUGAGUCACAGGAGGCUCGCCUGCGCAUCAGGCGAGACCAGUUGCCGCAGCUGCAGACAAGCGGGCAGCAGUUUGUCACACUGGUAGCCAGCGCCAACACAGCCCAACUGUCAAUCGAUGACCGUCGCGUUAUACUUCUCAGCUACCAGGCUGGCUUUGUCUUCAUCCAGACUGACAAACCAUUGUACACGCCCAAACAACGAGUGGAUAUUCGUGUGGUGGCUCUUGAUCAGGAUAUGGUGCCCGUCAAUAAUGAGAUGCAGGUGGACAUUAUCAGUCCAGACGAUAUAAUCGUGGAGCGAUACAAGCAACGGCCUGUAGACGGAUUCCUGACUCUCUCAUUUGUCUUUCCUUCCAACCCGGUGUUUGGGAACUGGUCAGUGAGUGCUUACUACGGUCAUCAGUUCAAGGCAAGCUCAACUGUUCAGUUUGAGGCAAAGGAGUACGUACUACCGAAGUUCUAUGUGGAAGUAGCUCCGCAGUCGUUGUAUAUUGUACCAGAAACACAGAACCUCAUCUCAAAAGUAACAGCAAGGUACAUAUUUGGCGAGCCAGUUGUUGGUAACUUUUACGUGAAGUACGGAGUGUUAGAAGAUGAUGGAAGUCUGAUGGACCUGCAGUCGAAAGAAGGACGGUUAAACGAAGUAGGUGAGGCUUUCCAAGACUUGGACAUGAACGACGUGAAAGUGGAGAAUUGGGCUGAGACACUGAUGGGCAAGCGGCUGGUCAUCCAGGCCUUCGUGACAGACACAGCCACAGGCGAGACCAUCAACACCAACAACACCCAGGUCACCUUCAGCAGGACACCCUACAAGUUCAACUGGGACCUCACACAGCGAUACUUUAAGAAAGGCUUGUCUUUCUCAGUAAAGGCCAAUGUUCAAUUCAUGAGUGGUCUUCCAGCUGAAGAUGUCCCUGUGAUCGCCUCAGCCACGGCCCUGCAGGGUGGUAGGCGCGUUGACCUGGAGGGUGCUCAGGCGGGUGCUCAGGCGGGUGGUGGCCGGGAGCAUUUAGAGAAGAUAUCGGGUCCCCAGGGGGAGGUUGACUUUAGGCUUGAUGUGCCUGCCGCAGCCACUGAAAUCACCAUAACGCUGCGGACGAAUAACCCGGAUUUGGUAAAUGCAAACACAGAAGGCACCAUCACAGUACUGGCUCAGGCUUCCAGCAAUAACGAGUACCUGGUGGUACGCGUUCCUUCUGGAGAUAUCAGACGAGUCCAAAGGAUCGGAAGGCAGAGUACGGUGGAAGUGCAACUAACGCACCCCGAUAAUGUCGGCGUACUUAACUACUUCGUCAUUGCUGGGGGACGAAUAGUGCACAAAGGGGCGAAAAACCAGGUCAACUUGAACACCGCCCUCGGUUUCGAAGUCACCCACGAGAUGGCGCCCUCUUCGCGAGUCGUUGCCUACUACACUGAUGCAAACGGCAACGUCGUUGCUGAUGCACUCCUGAUCGAUGUAGAGGAGAAAUGCAAGAAUCCUAUCGGACUAAGUUUCCUGGGCCUGCCAAGCGAGGGCAGCACGUACAAGUCCGAACGCAGCGGCCAGAACGUUCAGUUGGAGAUCCUUGCUAAAGAGGACACAAACGUCGGCCUCGUGGCUGUGGACGAAGCCGUCUUCAAGCUUCGUAACUAUCAUCGACUCACACAGAAGAAGGUGUUUAAAAGAAUGGCCGGGUAUGAUUUGGGCUGUGGACCCGGUGGUGGACAGACGUCUGCAACCAUCUUCAAGAACGCAGGAGUUACUGUGAUGACAAACGCCCAACUUGAUGUUCCGCAUAGAGAAGCUCUUGGAUGUCCCGAGCCUGUGAGGAGAGCCCGAAGAUCAGCAAACGACACCGAAAGAGAACAAAUCCUGAGUAAUUACGAGGGCGUUAACCGAGAGUACUGUGAGAAGGGCAUGAGGGAAUUGUCCGGGUCGGUGCAGCUGACCUGCGCCCAGCGGGCCAAGCUCAUGGCUGGAAGGAAGGGCCUGCAGGUAGACUCGCCGGAGAUCAGGGCAUUUUUCGACUGCUGCAGUGUGCUAGAGAGUUCUUCCGACCGGGGACGGGUCGACGCCGGCGCCGGGGGCGUCAACCUUGAGGACAUCUUGGUGCGAUCUAACUUCCCGGAGAGCUGGCUGUUCGACAAUGUCAUAACUCAAUCACUCCGUAGUGAUGACGAUGAUGGUAGAGUGCUGUACCCAACUACCCUUCCCGAUAGUGUCACUACAUGGGUUAUUGAGGCCGUAGGCGUGCAUAUGAGGGAAGUCCACGAGAUGUGCGUGGCUGAGCCCAUCAAGCUGGAAGUCCGCCCGCCAUUCUUCCUGGAUAUUGGUAUGCCGUAUUCGGUGCAACGAUUCGAGCAGAUCGAAAUCGUCGCCUCCGUGUUCAACUAUGGCGACGAUGAGUUAGAGGUGACUGUCUACUUGAGGGGAAAGGAGGGGCUCUGCUCAAUUGCACAACCCGGGGAAUACUCGGAAGGAAUAACCAUCCAGGUUGAAGCCAAGAAGCCUGCCUCCGUCAAGUUUGUCAUUGUUCCUCUUGAAGUUAAGAACAUACCGAUAGAGAUUGUUGCCAUGGAUGCGUCGGGACAGCACAGGGAUGCAAUCGAAAAGGACUUGACUGUUCGCCCAGAAGGAUACGAGAAAAAGAUUUCUGUGCCGGUAACGCUGGAUCCUGCAAACUACCGGGGCUCGCCAGCAAAACAGGAUGGAGGCGCGGAUCAGUUCUAUUUUCAUAGCCAAAAUUGGGGCGACCAAGGCGAGGAGAAGCAAAUAGAUUUCAUCCGAUACUCAGUCAACAGAAAUGCAAUUCCAGGCAGCCACAAAGCUCGAAUGAGUCUCGUGGGCAAUGUGCUGGGAAGCGUCAUCGACACAGUACUUGGAGGCCUUGAUAAGCUGUUGAGAAUCCCUGGAGGUUGCGGGGAGCAAACCAUGCUGGGUUUGGCACCGAAUGUCUACGUCUACACAUAUCUCAAGCACACUGAUCAGUUCACGGCUGCCUUGGAGACCUCUUCAGAGCGGUACGUCUUUAAUGGCGUCAAACAUGAGCUGACGUUCCGUAAGAAUGAUGGAUCGUAUGCUGCAUUUACGAGCCGGCCAAGCAGCACAUGGUUGACGGCUUUUGUCGCGAAGAUAUUCUGUAAGGCUAAGGACUUUGCCUUUGUUGAUGACUCCAAUAUAUGCAAGGCAAUGGAAUGGCUUAUAACUCAGAGACAGAGCCAAGACGAUGGUUCGUUCACAGAACGUAAUGCGGUAAUCCACAAAGAAAUGUCGGGGGGAGUCCAAGGCAAAGCUUCGAUGACUGCGUUUGUCCUGAUUUCCCUCUUAGAAUGCGAAUGCGAUGCCAUUAAUAAAGAUGAUUCUGUGGCCGCUGCAACUGCUCUCCUUGAGGAUGAGUUGCCCGAUUUGACCCGACCCUAUGCCAUUGCCAUCACAGCAUAUGCCUUGGCCCUCGCCAACAGCAUCAGAGCACAGGAAGCCAUACAAAUGCUCAAAGAUAUUGCCGCAUACAAUGCAGUUUCAGAUUCUCGAUACUGGGCAGCAGAUGACUCUUCUUUUGGUGGAGGUCAGAAACCAUACUGGUACAGCGCCCGACCCAAAGCCAUUGAGGUUGAGACGACCAGCUACGCUUUGCUCGCACUGCUGCAGAUGGAGGAAAUCCAGUACACGCACGCCAUUGUGAACUGGCUGACAAAUCAGGAGAACUACAAUGGAGGCUUUGUGUCCACACAGGACACAGUUAUGGCGCUACAGGCCUUGUCUGAAUACGCAUAUAAAGUGCAGCAAUACGACAUUGAUAUUAACUGUGAGGUCAAGUGUGAUGAGAGUGAGUUCGAUGAAGACUUCUCACUCAACCCUGCAAAUGCGCUCGUGCGUGAACAAAGGAACAUUGACGUUCCAGAUAUGAGCCAAGAGAUGAAUGUGUUCAUCAGUACAGAAGGGGCGGGCAUGGGUCAGUUCAAGUUCGAGGCUACGUACUACAUCCCUGAGCCCGACGUAACUGAGUGUGACUUCGACCUCUUAAUAAAUGAGGACGAGAAUCUUCAGUUGGAUCGGCCUGAGGACGACAACAAGGAGUAUUUAUCUUAUGACAUCCAAGUCAGGUACUUGCGGGGUGAGAAAACCGGCAUGGCUAUAUUGGAUGUGGGACUGUACACCGGCUACAAAGCUGUUCAGGAGGAUCUGCAAACCGUAAUGGAUAACAGUGGUGGGCGGGUGGAGCGGUAUGAAGAGACGGAUCACUCGGUGGUGUUCUACUUCGAAGACAUUCCUGGAUUGGAAGCAAUACGCAUUCAAUUCCGCGCCGAACGUGAGUUUAACGUCGGGAAGGUCCAACCGGUGGCAGUCCAUGUAUAUGACUACUACAACCCUACGGAGGAGUGUGUGAAGUUCAUCAGUCCCAAGGAGGGCUCCAACUUGCUUGGGAAGCUGUGUGUGGAAGACACCUGCGUAUGUGCUGCAGGAAAAUGUGCCGUGGAUCCGAUCAAAAAAGGGCGCGAUUAUAAAGUUUACGACAUGACUCAAAUGGCCUGUGCAUCGAAAGCGCACUUUGCUUACGAGGUGACCGUUACCGAUGUGGAGGACAAAGGCAAUUUCCAGUUCUACACUAUGACAAUCGACGCCCCUCUCAAGCAAGGGCUGGAUCAUGUGGUAAAAGAUGCGACACGGGUUUUCGCUAAGAGCAAAAGCUGCGACACUCCAGACCUUCAGAUGACGAAGUACCUUGUAAUCGGCAGCGGUGGUUUACCAACGAAGGAUGACGUGGGACAGGAUAUUUACAAGUACGUUAUCGACGACAGGACAUUCUUCUAUGAGUACCCCACCAUUCUGCAAGUGAACAAGAGUAAAAAAUGGCAAAGGAUUCAUGCAAAACUUACGGAGCUGAAGCAGGAAUUGGUCAACGGAGAAGGGUGCGCACUCUAAACGCCAUUUCGUUCAAUGGUCACAUGUAGCUUUUACCACAUGAAAAAAGAUACAGCAUGUAUAUGCUAAAUAAAACGGAAGUGAUUUAAAAACUAAUAUGCUGUAGAGUAAGUACAAAGAGGGCAGAAGAUCCCAGCUUUUGUAUGUGUUUUAAUCAGGAACUAUCAGAGCAGUUGCUUGUUCGUUACUGUGAAAUCUCGACUGUUACCUUUGAAAUCUCGACUAUUUUUUUCUCUUCAUUUUUUCCAUUUCAUUUUUUUUACAGAAACAUACGUAUCUCCAAGGUAUAGUUAAUUUUAUAUUCAUUUCCAAAUAUGACCGACCUUUCUUGCUUUAUAUACGUUGUAUCUGUUAUUGUUCGUACAUUGUAUUGGCAAAAAUGAUCGUGUUUGACUCCUAUUACAUAUAGAGAUUGGCUUAUUUUAAUUUUGCUUAAAUUUACGUCGUCGUUUUUUUUCUACAAUUGCAGGAAAAAAAAUGGCAAUUUUAACUGGGCAGUUUAUUUUCACCACGUUUGCGCCAAACAUGAGGCCAACCACUAACCAACAGCGUUACUAUUUUGUAAACAGUAGCACCACCUGAAUUCGUUUGAUUAGUGGUUACAUGUAAUUAGUUAGGCGUAUGGCGAGACAUCCAGGUAACAUCCAGUCUGUUUAGUUAAAUCUCACAGCAUCCUUAUAUCUGUUUAGACUAGUUAUAUUUCACAGACACCUAACAUCCUUAUAUCUGUUUAGACUAGUUAUAUUUCACAGACACCUAACAUCCUUAUAUCUGUUUAGACUAGUUAUAUUUCACAGACACCUAACAUCCUUAUAUCUGUUUAGACUAGUUAAAUUUCACAGACACCUAAAAUCCUUAUAUCUGUUUAGACUAGUUAUAUUUCACAGGCACCUUUCAUCCUUAUAUCUGUUUAGACUAGUUAUAUUUCAAUGACACCUAACAUCCUUGUAUCUGUUUAGACUAGUUAUAUUUCACAGACACCUAACAUCCUUAUAUCUGUUUAGACUAGUUAUAUUUCACAGGCACCUAACAUCCUUGUAUCUGUUUAGACUAGUUAUAUUUCACAGACACCUAACAUCCUUAUAUCUGUUUAGACUAGUUAUAUUCACUAUCUUAGACACGAUAUUAUACUCGCAAGGUCAAGGACAAUAUAGCAAAGUAAUAGAUAUCAUACGGGGUAGAAGUCGGCAUGGAAAGAUUCCCAUAAUUAUCUGGCCAUCACUGAUUUUUCCCUUCAAUGACCUAUCAGCUAUCAGAGAGUGAUAAUAUGUCCUAAAAAGUCAAAAUUAUCAGGGAAAAUAUUGAAGUAUUUACUGAGAAAACACUUAGAAAUAUUUAGACCAGUCUCAUAGGGUUUGUGCUCAGGGUGAAAAGUGAUGUCCAGAUAUGGGAAUCUUUCCGUAAGGGAGGCUAAUUCUCAUGCAAAGACUGUGAUUUGUAAUGUACUUUUAUUAUGCUCUUAUUGAUAUGCAAUGAUUUUAAUCCAAAGCUUUUUUUUAUUAAAAAAAUACUGCAAACUGCAAA